AUGAAUCCCUUGCUGAGCCGAGCUGUGCCCUUUGUGUUUGUCUUUCUGCUGGUGGCUGUUCAUGGGACUUAUUACAGGAUGUAUGGAUACCCGAUACAAAGGAGCUACAUCUUCCCUGCUCCUCCUCUGGUCCAUGGCAGUGCAGUGCUCCCAGUGCCCAGACCCGGUGUGUUGGCCAGUCCUCCGCAUGUUGGCAAUGUUCGUCCCAAGCCGGACACCAGGACACUACAAGUGAACCAACCCGCAGAGACUGCUUGUAAGAGCAGGCCCAUGGAUCUGGUAUUUAUAAUUGACAGUUCCCGCAGCGUCCGUCCUCAAGAGUUUGAGAAAGUCAAGAUUUUCCUUUCCGACAUGACUGACACCCUAGACACGGGCGAAAGGGCAACUCGAGUGGCCGUGGUGAAUUAUGCCAGUACAGUCAAGAUCGAAUUCUUUCUAAAGACCUUCUUCAAUAAAGCUGCGAUGAAGAACGCCAUCUCUUUGAUCAACCCAUUGUCCGCAGGCACCAUGACGGGCCUUGCCAUACAGACUGCCCUUGAGGAGGCAUUUACAGAGCAGUCAGGAGCCCGCCCGGCGUCCCUCAGGAUUCCCAAAGUAGCAAUCAUUGUCACAGAUGGAAGACCCCAAGAUAGGGUGCAGGAUGUAGCUGCCAGGGCUCGGGCCUCUGGAAUAGAGAUAUACGCGGUGGGAGUGGACAGGGCAGACAUGAAGUCUCUUAAGCUGAUGGCAAGUGAACCACUCGAUGAGCAUGUGUUUUACGUGGAGACUUAUGGAGUCAUUGAAAAGCUCACUUCAAAGUUUAAGGAAUCUCUUUGUGGUGUAGACUUUUGUGCUCCUGGAAGACACGACUGUGAACACAUAUGUGUAGCAACGGCUACAUCAUACCAAUGCAAGUGCCGCAAUGGCUACAUUCUCAAUCCUGACAAGAAGACCUGUUCACGCAUUGAUGUGUGUGCCCUGGGAAGACACGACUGUGAGCAGAUCUGUGUGGCCACUGCUACCUCCUAUCAGUGCAAGUGUCGCGAUGGAUACUCUCUCAACCCGGACAAGAAGACCUGCUCACGUGAGUCUGAAGCAUCCUGGCUUUUGACAAAGGAGGCACGGAGGGUUGUAAAGAAGGAGGACCCAUGCAAAUGUGAAAGUCUGAUUGCCUUCCAGAGCAAAGUGAACACUUACAUUGAUUCGCUGUCUACAAAACUAGAUGAGCUCACCAAAAAAUUACAAGUCUAUGAAGGAAGAAGAAACUGA